CAGGCACUUUCAUGGGCAGCUCAUCUGCUCUAAACCACAGAGGUCCUUCAGGUCCGGCGCAUGUUUUGUAUCCUCUCCUCUCAAAGCGUGUGACAUCUGACAGAACACCGGUGUAUCACUGAAAUGUGAGCUGUGAUUGCCGUUGGAAAGUCUUCCAGCCGCUGGUGUUGAGACAAUGAAAGCAGACAGUUUCGGGCUGCUGUGUCCGUGACUCACAGCUCCACGCAGGCCUGCUGCGAGAGGACAAUAAGGGACGCGUAAUCCACCUGUUAUCAGGUGGUGUGUCAUGACUCGCGGCCUCCUUGCAACCAUACAUUGAUUGUGUGACCCAGGGAUGUCUCGUCCUGCUCCGUCCCCCAUCUACACCCUGAGGGGGGCUGGCGGGGCCCUCAACACCCUCCACUUUAGCUGCCAUGGAAGGGACACUCCCCUCCUGUUUUCUGGGUCAGGGAAGGGUGCCAUCCAUAUGUGGAACCUGAACACCAGGAGGGCUGAGAAGAUUGUAGAAGGUCAUUCUGGUAGCUCGGUCGUCUGGGUCAGCACCCUGCAGGAGACUGAUACCCUCAUCAGUCAGGGACGGGACAUGCAGGUCUGUCUGUGGGAUCUGAGCGAAGGUCGUAGUGAGGUGAUGGACUCCGUGUGGACCGGCAGUGUCGGAUUCUGUCAGUGCUCCGUGCUGGAGACGAGCCCUGGGACGCGUCUGCUGGCCUUCGCUGGACAACAGACAGAAGAGAUCAAGAUUAUUGAGCUACCCAGCAAGACCCCAGUGUGCACCCUGGUACCAGACGCUAAGCUGGGGAUGGUCAUGUGUAUCAAACUGUGGCAGCCAGACUCGGGUCCCGGACCUCUCCUGCUGGCCGGAUACGAGGACGGUUCCCUGUUGCUGUGGGACGUAACCCAGAGGUCCGAGCUGAGCCGAGCCAAAGCCCACCCAGAGCCCGUCAUGUGUUUGACCUUUGACACCAAGCGUCUGAGGGGCAUAUCUGGCUCCUCUGAGAAGGAACUCUCCUCCUGGAUGCUGGACAGACAGAACAACCUGCAGCUCAAGGACGAUGUGACGCUGGUCAACCCCGGGGUCUCUCAGCUGUGUAUCCGGGGAGACGGCAAGCUUCUGGCAUCAGCGGGCUGGGACCAUCGGGUGCGGGUAUUCGGGUGGAAGAAGCUGCGGCCACUGGCGGUGCUUCAGUACCACACUGACAUGGCGCUAAGCGUGGCCUUCUCUGACCACCAAGACCCCAGACAAAGACUGCUGGCUGCUGGAUCCAAGGAUCAGCGGAUCAGCCUGUGGUCAAUAUACAACGAGGGAGCGGACACUGGCUGAGCCUCUGAGCUCUGGGAGGAUAUAUGAACUUUUAAUGGGAUCAGUAGCCAAUAAUUCAGUAAUAGUCCAGUGCAAUGGGUUGCUAACUGGACAAAUGGACUGUGUAAAUUAUAUUUAGCUACUUGUCUCUUGAUAUUGAGAUCCUGCUUUGACGUCGCCCUCUAGCACCAAGCGUUGUUGACAGAUUGUUGUAAUGCCCAUGAAUAACAAUUCAUUGUUUUGUCAUGAAUCAUGUCGUUACACAGGGCCGGUUUCCACCUUCUGGCCACCUGUCUCACCUCUUAUGGUACAUGUCCAUAGGGGCCUCACUUCCCACCAUUGGACGCUUUAUGGGCUGCCACUAGACACGAGGCAUGAGGCACCUGAUUGAACGAACACUUUUCCUCGUGCUGCUCCCAGCUUUCUAACAGGAACCUACAUAGCUGCUUGUUUGGAAACUUUCUUCUCUUAUUUCAUGAAAAUAAUUCACCGAAAUGUGUUUUAUGCGAGAAAUAAGACAUGCAGUCGCUAAAUGUGUCUUUAUUUUGGAUCGACAGCGCUUAGUUUAAAAGUUUAUAGGGAGUUUCCAGAGGCGGCGAGUCACGUCGGACUCCCCUGAUUUGCUUAAAGUAGACUAGACAUCAACUUUAUGCAAAUCAUUGUCUCUAAUCACGCUACCAGAAUGCAUUGCACGGCUGCUUACAUAGACAAUGAAUGGGAAGCGUGGAAAGGACGGAGGCUGUGGACAUGUACCAUUAAGAGCAUGAAAGAUACAGUAGUAAAACAAAGGAAAUACACCUAGACUGCCUCGGCUCAGUUGAUUACAUUUCUAAAAAUAGUAGCAUCUGCAUAGAACCUGAGUUCAACUUAUAGUAACAUCUGGAUCUAGCGACAUGCUUAAUAGUAACGUAAUGAGGUAAUGAAAAAAGUGUUGUUACUGAUAAGGAUGUCACAAGAACUUCGUUACCAAGUCGGUGCCAAAAUUUUAAAAAAGUGACGGUUCUCUUUUUUCUACAGUACCGAAGGUACCGUACGAUGCCUGUAAUGUAGUGAUGUGACAGUGAGGAAGAUUUUCCCACCG